AUGUUAUCGGCAACAUCUUCUCAAGUCACACUAGGGGAGCGCGAAAGAAUUGCAGAAAAAGAAGAGCCAGAAUGGAAAGCUGACUGGCGGUUAAAAUGCAUCUUUGGCGUCAUUGCCUUGUUGAACUUCGUGACUGCCGUGGAUGCUACAUCUAUAUCCGUUUCAUUACCAACCAUCUCCACUGAUCUUGGUGGAACAGCAACAGAAGCCUUCUGGGCAGGAACCUCUUUUCUUCUCGCAUCCUGCGUAUUUCAGCCCAUCUUCUCUCUAGCAUCAGACAUCUUCGGCCGGAAAUUCAUUCUCCUCCUCGCCGUAACAUCCUUCAGCAUCGGAUCAAUUCUCGCCGCAAUCUCCCACGGCUUCAAUCUACUCAUUGCAGCCCGAUGCAUCCAGGGUAUCGGAGGCGGAGGUAUUCUCGCCCUAACAGAAAUUCUCAUCGCAGACCUAGUCCCCCUCCGCCAGCGCGGGAAAUGGUUCAGCAUCAAGUUCGGAGCGUCAGCAGUUGGUACCGUGACCGGUCCUUUAAUCGGUGGUGCAUUCACUCAGUCCUCUGCAUCAUGGCGCUGGAUCUUCUGGUUUAAUCUACCCUUCUGCGGCCUGGGUUUAAUCCUCAUCCCGAUCCUACUGAAACUCGAAAGGAACCCCGUCUCUAUCCGUCAAUCGCUAGCUAAAGUCGACUACUUCGGCUCUUUCCUUUUCGUCGCAUCCGUCACUUCAUUCCUUAUUCCAAUCACUUGGGGCGGCAUAAUGUACUCCUGGUCCUCAUGGCACACUCUCGUUCCACUCAUCCUGGGCCUAGCUGGCCUAAUCGGAUUUGGUCUCUACGAAGCAUACAUCCCAGCCCAGCCCCUCAUUCCAUCGGGCGUCUUCAGCAACGCCACAAUGUGUCUAUGCUACUUCGGCAUCUUCCUCCACGGUCUCAUCCUCUGGGCUAUCGUCUACUAUCUACCCCUAUACUACGAAGGCUCACUUGGCUACAGCCCCAUCAUCGCUGGCGUAGCCGUCUUCCCCGAAUGUCUCACCGUCGCGCCCAUCUCCAUCGUGACUAGCCUCAUGGUCUCGAAGACGGGCGAUUACCGGUGGGCCCUGUGGGCUGGCUGGCCCAUCACAGCACUAGGUCUGGGCGUUCUCUGUCUCCUCGAUGCAUCAAGCAGUAUCCCGCAAUGGAUCUUCCUCAAUCUCGCUGCAGGUAUAGGAUGUGGAAUGCUCUUUCCAUCCGUCCAAUUGGCCGUCCAAGCAGCCGCGAAUAAGGAGAUCAUUUCCAUCGCCGUGACGAUGACGGCCUUUUUCCGGGUGCUUGGUCAAUCUGUUGGUGUUGCGGUUGGGGGUGUGGUUUUCCAGAAUAGAAUCCUGGACAAGUUUGGGAAUCAUCCCGAGCUUGGGGCGGAGGUGCUGGAGUAUGCUCAAGACGCGUCCAGCCUUGUUGAAUAUAUUAAGGCGUUGCCUGUUGGGAGUGCUGCGCGCGUGCUUAUUCAGUCGUUGUAUGCGCAGUCGUUGACUACUGUUUGGGCUGUCAUGUGUGGUGUUGCUGGAGUGGGGCUCUUGUCCAGCUUGUUUGUGAAGAAAUAUACGCUUAAUCAAUCUUUUAGUUCGAAGCAGGGGGUGAAGAAGGAUGGUGCUCGGGAGUAUGUGGGCAUUGAGGGGAUUGAGAAUAAGAUGAAUGUGUGA